AUGGGCACUGCAGAACACAGAUUGACACCAGAGGAGGCAGAGCUCAGGUCCUUUCUGAAGGAGAAGUGUCAACAUCUGGUUGAAGGAGUACCACAUCAGGGAGAUGCCAGACCCCUCCAGGACAUCUACACAGAUCUCUACAUCACAGAGGGAGAUAGUGGAGGGGUCUAUAACGAACAUGAGGUCAGACAGAUAGAGAGAGCAUCCUGUAGAGAAGGAACACAUGGCCGACCAAUCAGAUGCAGUGACAUCUUUAAACCCUUACCUGUAGGCCUUUAUCCACGAAGGAGUCUUUCGCAACACAAACCCAUCAGAGUAGUAUUGACAAAGGGAGUGGCAGGCAUUGGAAAAACCGUGUCUGUGCAGAAGUUCAUUCUGGACUGGACUGAAGGAGAAACCAAUCAGGACAUUCAUCUAGUUUUCUNUCUUCCUUUCCGAGAGCUGAACCUGAUGAAGAAUACAAAACUCAGUCUGGUGGAGCUUAUUCUACGCUUUUUCGUGCAAAUGAAAGAUCUGAAAGUGCUCUCCAGUUCUGAGAGAAAAACUAUGUUCAUCUUAGAUGGGCUGGAUGAGUGCAAACUUCCUCUCAAUUUCCGCUCCAACCCAAGGUGUUCUGAAGUGACAGAGCCAGCCUCAGUAGAUGUACUUCUGACCAACCUCAUCAAUGGGAGCCUACUUCCCUCUGCUCUCGUCUGGAUCACCACCCGACCAGCAGCAGCUGGUCAGAUCCCUCCUGAGUGUGUGGACCAGGUGACAGAAAUUAGGGGGUUCAACGACACACAAAAAGAUGACUACUUCAAGAAGAGAAUCAGUGAUGAGAACCUGGCCAUACAAGUCAUCAGACACCUGAAGUCAUCCAGAAGCCUUUACAUCAUGUGCCACAUUCCAGUUUUCUCCUGGAUUUUGGCAGCUGUUGCAGAGAAAACAUCAGCGAGAGGAGAAAUGCCAAGGACUCUCGCUCAAAUGUACACUCACUUCCUGAACAUUCAGACUUGCAUCAAGAAAGAGAAAUACACAGAGAGAAACGAGACGGAUGAAGAGAUGGUUUUGAAACUGGGGAAUCUGGCUUUCCAACAGCUGGAGAAGGGCAAUCUGAUCUUCUAUGAGGAAGACCUGAGGGAGAGUGGCAUUGAUGUCACAGAAGCAUCUCUGUACUCAGGAGUGUGUACACAGAUCUUCAGAGUGGAGGCGGGGCUGUGCCAUGGGAGAGUGUUCAGCUUUGUGCAUCUGACCAUCCAGGAAUUCCUUGCAGCAUUAUAUGUGUUCCUCUGCUUCUGCAACAAUGUCAGACACAAACCGCACCAACAUCAACCCUCUCAUCUCUCUGCUCUGUUCAGAGCUGCAACACUUGAAGACCUACACAAGACUGCAGUGGAUCUGGCCUUACAGAGUGAAAACGGACACCUGGACCUUUUCCUCCGCUUCCUUCUGGGCCUCUCACUGGAGUCCAAUCAGAAGCUCCUAAGACACUUACUGCCACAGACCAAUAGCCAGCCACAGAGCUUAGGGCGAACAGUACAUUAUGUCAAGGAUAAGAUAAGACAUGAGUCAGAGUCUUAUAGAAAGAUCAACCUGUUCUACUGUCUGAAUGAGUUGAAUCAGCAUGCUGUAGUGGAGAACAUUGACAGGAAGACAGGAAAGAUGUCUGUAGAGAUGCUCUUACCAGGUCAGUGGGAGACUAGACAGUUUAGGUUUGCGUUAUCAGAAGAGCAGCUGGAUGGGUUUGACCUGCAGAAGUACAUAAAGACACCAGAAGAGGAUCUGACUGACCUCCUCAGCCCAGAUGACGUCCUCAAGAAGCUGAUGCUAGCAGUGUCAUCAGCACUGCUGCAGUAUUGUUCCCUCACAGCCAAGAGUUGUGCAGCAAUAUCAGCUGCUGCCAGGUCAACCUCCUGCAGGAAGAUUCCAUUAUUGGCUGAACAGCCCAUCCGAAGCCUGGGAAGGCUGUACACAGCGGAGCUGUCCGACACCCACAUGCCCGCCACCAUUAUGCAGCAGCUUAAGGAUGGACUGGAGAGGAUCGACAAGUGCCACCUCCCAGGGAAGCUUAAAGUCUGGUGCUUUCAAUUCACCCUGUAUCAGCGUUUGAUGUGGCCCCUGAAGCUGUUGCGAACAGGACGCAAGUGGAAGGCAGAGGAGGCUGUUGACCAGGCCAUCAGCAGACUCAUGCAUAAUGAAGUGGUGGGCAGGACACAGUCAGGGAGAGCAGGCCUGGGGUGGGGAACACCCCCCAAGUUUUGGUCUAAGGCGUCAAGAAGGGAGAGGAAAGAGCUGGUGAUUGACGAGGUGGUCAGGCAUGAGGAGGAGCAAUAUAAGAUCAAGGCGCUCAGCCAGCCACAGCAAGGACGGUGGACGACGUGGGAAGGAGUGAUCAACAGGACCAUCAAGUGGACCGACUUGUGGAAGAUGCCUCAAGGAAGGCUCAGUUUUCUCAUUCAGGCCACAUAUGACACCCUCCCCAGUCCAAGCAAUCUGAGCCAGUGGUAUGGCACAGAGGAAAGCUGCCAGCUCUGCAAUGCCCCAAACCCAAACCUACAACAUAUCCUGUCCAGUUGCAAGACAGCUCUGGCUCAGGGUGGAUAUAGGUGGCGGAACGACCAGGUUUUGCAAAAGCUGGCAGAAGUCUCUGCAGUGCAGAGAAAGGAAACAGCCAAAGACCCUCCUUCCGAGACCCGGACAUUCAUUGGACAAGGGGCCAGAGCUCAGACCAUCAGCCAGAGGGGGAGAUCACCACUACUAACACCUGGAUGCAACUGGGACCUAAGAGUGGAUCUUGAUCGGCAGCUCAAGUUCCCACCAGAGAUUCCCACCACCUCUCUGAGGCCAGACAUCAUCCUGUGGUCGCCCGCUGUCAAGACCACUAUCCUGGCAGAGCUAACUGUUCCUUGGGAGGGAGGAAUGGAAGCUGCCUUUGAAAGAAAGAGGGACAAAUACACUGACCUGGUGGCAGAGUGCAGAGAAGCUGGAUGGGCUGCAUCUAUCUACCCGGUGGAGGUUGGCUGCAGAGGGUUUGUGGGAACAUCCAUCCAGCGCCUCCUCAGGAAGAUCGGAGUGCCUGGAGCGAGGCUAAAGAGGGCAUGCAAGGACCUGGCAGAAGAGGUAGAAAGAGCCAGCUUCUGGUUGUGGUUGUUAUUCCUGACACAGGAGUUCAGCAUCUCUCAGACCUUCUCAAAGAUCCUCAGUGCAAACUGGAGACACUUGUGUGAGUGUGAGCACAAUUACACACCUAUGGGGGGCGCCAGUGAUGGGGUUUGGAGAGUUGGAGAGGUGUGGCCUCACAGAAGAGAGUUGUGCAGCAAUAUCAGCUGCUGCCAGAUCACCCUCCUGCAGUUUGAAGAAGUGGGCAUUGGUGGUUCACAUCGUAUCUUGAGAAGGGAGAUUCCAGCAGCAGCAGCAGCAGCAGCAGCAGCAGCCUCCAGUAGCAGCUCCCACUCCUCAGAUGCUGCAGAGCUGCACCUCACACACAACACCCAGCAGCAUCCAGGAGCACAGCUGCUCUCUACUCACACUCCCACGGAGGAUGGCCCGCGUGAUGACACACAGAGGGGCUGUGAAUGCUGUGCUGCAGUUCCAGACACCAGCCACUGGGUCCUGGUGGAGCCUGAGGUCUCCACAGAGAAGAGCAUCUCAACCUACAGCCUGAGCUCUGCUGCAGGGAGCUAUGAGUGCUCAGAGUCCAGUCUACGCUGGUCGUGUGUUGGUCCAAUCAAACUGCAGUAUCACUUCAUGGACUGGUACAUUUUUACUGAAGAGCUGGCCCGUAUGCAGUGCAGUCCAGCUGGUCCUCUGAUAGACAUCAAGCUCAUAUCAGGAGAUCUGGAGGAUAUCCACCUGCCUCAUUUCCUGUGUUUGGGAGGUAGCCAGUCUGCUCUGAAAGAUGCUGUGAAGGUUCUGCAUCAGCAGGAUGGUGGAGUGUGUCUGGAGACGUGUGAGCUGAGUCGCUCCCAUUCCAGGCUUUUGAACCCUUCCUUGUCCAUUCUUGGUGUUCUUUUCAAUUCAUUGAAGUCUUCUCUAUUUCCUGAGAUUCACACAGAUGUUCAUGUGUACAGAAGCAGCAUACCGCUCACCUUCCGCAUCUACCUCAUGCCUACGGAUGCCCAUUUGAAAAAACUAGUGGAGGAGCAGGAGAAAUUGGAGGAGUUUGGAGGAAUCCGACUUGGCAUGCCCUCACCCGUAGAGUGUCUUCAGUUGAACCAGCUCUAUGCUUUACAGACAGACUGGUCAUGCUCCUCAGCUCUGGAGACAGUCCUGAGGUUAAAAAGGAGGUUUGGCGUGCGGAAAUCCUGGAGAGCGAAUACUUGGCUCCUCAUCAGGUCACUGCACAUGCCUCCAGCCGAGGUCCUGUCUCCACCCUCCCCUGUGGAGCUGAGCCUGUUGAAACCCACACUGCUGUGGACCAGGCCAUGGGCCGUCAAGACCUUCAGACACCUGAGUGCUCAAGCAGAGGCCUGA